UCGAAUCGCAUUCGUUUGCAGGAGUCGAAGCGCGCUGCGGGGCGACACUGCACCGCUACGGAGGACACACGAGCACUGUGAAAGGGAAACAGGGAAAGGAAAAACGGGGGUGAGGUAGCUCACAGGGGAUAGCCAAAACCCCUUAUUUUAAAUAUCUAAAUAAAAAGAAAAUCGAAAGGAGUCUGAACCUUGGAAAUAAGACAAACGCAGCGGAAAUCACAAGCGUCUCUUUUUUUGCCAGCACGGCGGGGAAACGAUGAAGGAUCGUACGCAGGAACUACGAAGCGCUAAGGACAGCGAUGACGAUGAGGAAGUUGUCCACAUCGACCGAGGAAACUUCAUGGAUGAGUUCUUUGAACAGGUGGAGGAGAUUCGCGGCUGCAUCGAGAAGCUGUCGGAGGAUGUGGAGCAGGUGAAGAAACAGCACAGCGCCAUCCUGGCAGCACCCAACCCUGAUGAAACAAUCGAGCAAAGUAUCGAACAGGAAGAGGUAAUGAACAGAUCAUCGGCAGACCUGCGAAUCCGCAAAACACAGCACUCCACGCUGUCACGCAAGUUUGUGGAGGUGAUGACUGAGUACAACACCACGCAGUCCAAAUACAGAGACCGCUGCAAGGAUCGCAUUCAGAGACAGCUGGAGAUCACUGGAAGAACAACUACCAAUGAGGAACUAGAGGACAUGUUGGAGAGUGGGAAGCUGGCUGUCUUCACCGAUGAUAUCAAAAUGGACUCCCAGAUGACUAAGCAGGCCCUAAACGAGAUCGAGACCAGACACACUGAGAUCAUCAAGCUAGAGAACAGCAUUCGUGAGCUGCAUGACAUGUUUGUGGACAUGGCCAUGCUGGUGGAGAGCCAGGGUGAGAUGAUUGACAGAAUCGAGUACAACGUGGAGCACUCAGUGGAUUAUGUAGAAAGAGCAGUGUCAGACACUAAGAAGGCUGUGAAGUACCAGAGCCAAGCACGCAAGAAGAAAAUCAUGAUCAUCAUCUGCUGUGUAAUCUUGGGAGUGGUCUUGGCAUCCAGUAUCGGAGGAACAUUUGGCAUGUAGACUCAUCUCCACGCAGACCAAGAAAGCAGCAAAACUGAGAGAAAUACAUCCACUACAAUCAGUACGAGAUAAGGAAGCUCUUUAAAGGGGUUGUGUAGGAUCUAAAAAUCAAAGGUAAAAAAUAAAACAUAAAUAAACAAACAAACAAAAAACCCAGAUGUUACAUAAUAGCUGAUUAAAGCAUAUUCAAAAAGAGAGGGUUCAAAUACACAAUAAACAUUCUAUUUAUAAAUUGUACAUGUAAAUGUAUUAAACAGCACAUGGGUUAACUACCUGUAAAGAAAUACAACCUACAUUUUUUCUUUAUUUUUAACAUUUAUUUCAUUUUAUGUGGGUCUCCAGGGCAGUGCCAACAAUCGCUAAAAAGACUGCGUUUAAGUGGAGCAUGGAUUUUACUAUGGCACUAUAGCAAUUAGUGCACUUUCCUAUUGACCGGAAAGAUAUGAGGAUAUGAGUAAAUGGUACAAUAGUUGUAAUUGUCAGGUUUCGUUGGGAGGGUCUUCGAGUUCUGAGGGACUGCUUAUAGGUGGAGGUCAUUCACUUUUAUCAGUGAAUGAAUUCAAAGUCAAAGCUUCUAAGAACUGCAACUCUCAUAGCUUAGUAUCAACAGCAUCUUCAAAAAAUUAUCCAAGCUUUAACAAGCACACAAACAUUAUUAUGAAUAUGUCCAUUGACCAACUGAUCUGCUGGUGCCAACUCUCCAUGCUGUAGUGCGCAAGGCAGAGUGUGUCUCCUAACAUUGAAGUCUCUUAGACUAACUACAGCAUUCCAGAUAUUCCUGAAGCACUGUUUGGAGAGAAUGGGAAGUACAGAAAUUUGGAAACAGUUGAACUAUGCAGUUUUGAUAAUGAGAGAGGAUCCUGCUUUCUGAAUUAGACUUUUCAACUGCGAUCAAAGAGAAACAAGAACGGCACACUUUAGCCUCCCCUGCUGUUCUUUCUAAAAAUGUGUGCGUGUGUGUUUUAUAUACAUUACUAUAUGGGGUUUGUAUAUGUAACUCCAGUUAUGCUUCACUUUUCUUCAUAAAGUCUAACAUAUGGAGGGAUUGAGGCAGAUUAUCCAUGUGAUGAUGUAGUGCCGAAUGGAAUAGAGUUUGCGGGUCGAGGCAAUGCUGAGGAAAUGCCAUGAUUCUGUCCAGAGGAAGCUUGCUAAUUUAUUCUGGUGCUACUUACUGAGGAUAGAGGCUUUGAACUUAGAUAUGUGCUGAUACUGUUGAGUUGGGGAAAGCAUCCUGAAGACAGAAAUGACACAGUUCUGGAUCCCAGUUUAUAGACAGUGAGGAUAAAUUCCAAUGUAUUCUAUAAAUAAAGGGAAGUUUUACAAAUAUAUGACUAAAAUACAUGUUUAGAAUAUAACUGUUGCUGAUUAAGUAUCAGCCUGCAGUAAAACAAUAGUAGUAGUAAUAAUAACCAUCUUACUAUUCCAGUAUUUAGUAUUUUAGUACAGUUCUUUUCUGUUAUAAUAUGCUAAACUGACCGAUAGAAAAUAGUUAGAAGCUCAGAAUAUUAGGUUUGCAUUUCUGUUCAAAGUUUAGGGGUGGGAGAGUAGAUCAAACACCACCAGAACAAUCUUGAGUUGCACAAUAUGUUAGUGUUCAUUUUUUAACAAAAAGAACUAGUGUGGUUGUGUAUGUAGAUUUCUUUUAUGCAAGAGCUUAAAUACAAAACCAAAAUUCAGCUCUGCUUAUUGUUAUAGAGUGAACCCCUCUACAUUUUAUUCAGGAUAGUUAAAGGAUCAUUGUGAGAUCAUGGAUGUAGAAAGCCCUCACUCAUGCCAACCACCACAUGCACAACAGUCCCCAGGCUUCAGCCAAAACAGACAGAUCUGCGAGAUCUUCAAUACUGUAUGUGUCUACAUUCUAUUCUGUGGCAGCACCGAAACACAUUCACAUAUUUGUAAAUGAGUAUUUCAUUUCCCAGCAUCCCACAGAAUCUGAACUAGAAGCCCUCCCUUCGAAACAGGACCAACUACCCUGAGCAGGAGACAGAACUGGCGAUACAGCAUUUGUGUAUUAUACUUGAGUAUGUUUUACAGUGGCUAAUCCAGAAGGUCUGGAGUCCAGCCCUUAGCUCAUUCCAGUAAUGACCAGCAUGUUUCCUUUGAGGCUCCUGUGUAUUUAGUGUCCAAUCACCUACAUGUACGGUGCAGAUGGGGUUAACGUCUGUUGUUGUUGUGUUUUAGCAAGGGGUGUUGGCUGGAGAGUGCUUCUUCGUUAAGGCAUGCAACAUUGGCUUCAUUGGUCUGCAUGGUGAUUUACUGCUCUUGCUCAUGUGUGCACUUUACAGUCAAAAAAAUAUAUAUCACUGUCCCACAUCAUUACACCUUUAGAUGCUGUGCUCCAUUUUGGCUUUUUGCCAUUUUUCUUUCUUCUUCAUCUCUUGGGAGGUUGGCAGGGUUAGUCGAGCGGGAAGGGGUGAUUUUUACUCCGGUUCCCAUCUGCUGGGUGUGUCCUCAGCUAUAGCCCCUCCCUUGUAGAACUCCUAUGGGCAUGUUCUCAGCUAUAGCCCCUCUUUGCAGAGCUCCUGUGGGGGUGUGCUCCACUGGCCUCCAGGGUUGCAGCUGACUUGCAGUUCGCUUGGCUCUUCCCCCUCCUGCUGGAUCCUACACUUACUAUCAUGCUUGUGAUGUGCGUUUCUACGUGAAGACUAUUCUUUUAUUGUGGAUUGUGUGCUGAGGCUGUAAUUUGUGGAACUCAUACACCAUGCGUCUGAUACCCCACCCCCAGCCCGCAAUUUAUAAAAAAGCUGUUUCUGUGUGAGAGUGUGUGUGAGCAUGAGUAUAUCUGAGUGCAUGCUUGUGUAUGAGUGGGUCUGUCUGAAAUCCUUGGUCUCCCCAUACCCAAGACGUGUGGGGUUCUUCUUGGGAUCUGCAGAUCUGUGGUAUGUAGCUAUUAAGUUCCAGUUUUGUGUUGAGAAAAAUUAAAAUAAGAAAAAGUAAUAAGACUAAAAGCCAAAGCAUUACGCUCCUGCACGUGUGCUCUGUAAGAGGAGCCCACAGCAAAAAGAAAGAGAAAGCGGUUCUGAAUGGGUGCGGCCAAUCCCGAAAUCCAGCAGAAUAUCCUUCUAAUACACUCCUCUCCUCUUUAUCAUGCCUUGCUACUAGCCAACAAGUUUUCAGUUUUAUUUUAAACUUUUUUAUCAGAAAUGUUCCACCACAACUUUUUUCAGUCAGUGACAAUGAUAAUGUGAUAAUUCUUAAUGAUAAUGAUCAUUCUUAUUGACAAUAUACCUUCCUUUCAUUUAAUUAAUUUUUUUAAUUAUUACUAUGCUAUGAUAAUGUUUUACCAUGUUCUUGCCAAUCGCAUUGCUUUCUCUGUGCUGGAAACACACGUAGACAACAACAACAACAAAAAUAGGUGCUGACCUGGACGAAAGAUUUAUCCAUUUUUAUUUAUUAAUUUAUUUGUGUGUUUAUUUAUCUAUCUAUUUCUAUUUAUUUAUUUUAUUGCCUUUAAACAAACUGUUCUUCAUAAGUUCAUCAGCCCUUCAAACACCUUGAUGCAACUUGCCUGAUGCACAUAGAGAAAGCAUUUGUGUAUCUGCAUGACCUGUUACCCUUUGAGACUGGUCAGUGCUGAAGGAGGUUGUUGAGAGUCUCAUUAGCCCACCAACAGAUGUUAGUUGCAGUAUUAAGAUCUCCACUUGUUCUCAUACCAUAUUUAUCACAUGCAAUAUGUAGGUUAUUUUGAACAUUUCUGACAGCUGUGGUUCUUUCAUAUAAAUCACACUGUUGGCUUUGAGCUGUGGGAUUCCCAACAACCUUAGAUAUUUUAAGAUUUAUUCCUCUUAAGUUUGUCAUUCUGUCAGUUGCUAUUUCCCAUCAUGCUUUCUGACAGUGUUUCCAUGGUCCAGUGUUAGCUUGUGGAGGAGGACUGGGUAUGUCAUUAAGAGGCUCUGGGAUUUCACAUAAAUGACCUUUAUAAAUAUUGUCAGCUAAAGGUAUCCUGUUCUGAAUAAAUGAAUAUUUCAUUGUAAUCAGAAAAUAAAGUGCCCUGAUAUUUGCAGACUGGGGAAUUUUGAAAUAACUGACAAUUGAUAAUAAAACAAUGAAAAGUAACAAAUUCUAUAAUUGUAAAAGUUAAUGGAAAUCUGAGGAGUUGUGUUAUCAAAAUAAUAUUAGAAAUAUUGAAUAUUGAAUGCUCACAAUUUAGUCAAACUGAACUGGAUCUUUGUCUUGUAAUUAUUGUAAAUAAUUUAAAGAGAGAAAAAAUACCUGCAUGUCUAUGUAUAAAACUACUUAAAUUGUUCCUGCCAAAGUUGUAAAGGUUGAUCAAUUUCUUUGCCCUAACACCCAACCUCAUCUUUGAUAGGCUACUCCUCUUCACCCAUCGCUUUUAGUUUCUGUUUUAAAAGCACUUUGUCUGCAGCAAAUUCUGGCUUCAAUUUAAAAUCAGUUAAUUUCAGCCGAAACACUCUGCUUCCCUCCAUUACUAGCAUCCACAACUGAAAAAAACAGUGCAGUGGUGGCAAUCACUGGUCACCAUCUCUAGCUAUGCCAGAUACUUCUGCUUUACACAACAGCUGAAUUUGACCACGUAUGAGAAGUCAAGUCUGAACUAUUUAGCAGAUCUAAGGCACAUUGUGUGAUGCAUGUAUUUUAAGUCUUGUAGAUUUGGAUAAUUUCUAAAAUAAGAUUUUCAACAGUAGCAUGACUGACAUAUCAGAAAGAGGAUGGUCUCUGUCUGGGGAAACCCAACGUGCUCUUCUGACUCACUAAAGAUGCACUGGUGGUUCUAGAACACAGGCUGACAGGCGUUUUUAAAUUUACCAAAAAAAAAAUGUCUGUGCAAUAUUAAGUAAAGGGCUCAACCAUGCAGAGAUCUUAAAGCACCCCGAUCAUAAAUCAUAGCAGAUUUGGUGACCGAGUGAGACAAUAGCCAGGAAAAAUCGCUCCAGUUCCUGCCACUUGGCCUGCCACCUGCAGCCUUUUCCCCUGUCAGGAUGAGCGUGGCGACAGGGCAGAAAAAAACACAAACAGAUCAACACAAAGGACAGAAAUAAGGAGUUGAAUCGACUGCUGCAACUUUGACUGGAAUUGCACCUUGUGUCCCUUUUUUCUGUGUGUGUGUGUAUGUGUGUGUAUUGUAUUGUAAAAAAAAAAAGAAGAGAGAAAUGACCUAUCUGUCCCUCUUUCUCCCUCUCUCGUACUGCUGUUUGCUGUUCAGUUUAGUUAGUGUGAUGUGCCAGUAUCUACCUUCCUAUUCCCAUGCUCUCGCGCGCGCUCUCUCUCUCUCUCUCUCUCUCUCUCUCUCUCUCUCUCUGUCUAUAUUUCUCUCCCAUUCCUCCAUGGAUCUUUAAGAUGACAACUCUAUGCAGAUGCUGUCUUUUAUAAGUGUGUCAAAAUUUUAAGUUAAAAUUAAAAAAAAAAAAAAUGAAAAAACCCGUCCAA